AUGUCUAUCACCACAACAGGGAGUUUGAGAAAAGAGAGAAAAUUGUGGUCUUGCUUACUAUGGACUAUGAGGGCGUUACCCAAAGGGGGUAACGGGACCGAUUUUAAAGAGAUCUUGACGGAAUUUUCUAACAGUUUUGAAAUACGAAGUGUUAAAUUUGGCAGCCCAGCUUUCUUGUUGCCCAAGCGGCUAAGACUCGGAGUAUUAUGGAUUCUAGUUCGCAAACACGUUCUAGUACAAAAAACCGAAAUGCGUGAAUGCAUAUCUAUUCACGGUGGACAAGCCGGAGUUCAGAUUGGUAACGCUUGCUGGGAGUUAUACUGCUUAGAACAUGGAAUCCAACCGGAUGGACAGAUGCCCUCAGACAAAACCGUCGGUGGCGGCGAUGAUUCCUUCAAUACAUUUUUCAGUGAAACCGGUGCUGGAAAACACGUCCCGAGAGCAGUUUUUAUAGAUUUAGAGCCUACUGUGGUUGACGAAGUCCGCACCGGCACCUAUCGGCAACUAUUUCACCCAGAGCAGUUAAUAACUGGUAAGGAAGAUGCCGCUAAUAACUACGCCAGAGGACAUUACACCAUCGGUAAAGAGAUAGUAGACCUUGUUCUAGACAGGGUCCGUAAGUUGGCCGAUCAAUGCACUGGACUCCAAGGAUUUUUGAUUUUCCAUUCGUUUGGGGGUGGAACCGGUUCUGGUUUUGCCUCUUUACUCAUGGAGCGCUUGUCAGUAGACUACGGCAAAAAAUCUAAGCUCGAAUUUGCAAUAUAUCCAGCUCCGCAAAUAUCAACAGCUGUCGUUGAACCAUAUAAUUCUAUAUUAACUACACACACUACCUUAGAACACUCCGAUGCUGCCUUCAUGGUGGAUAAUGAAGCUAUAUACGAUAUCUGCAGGAGAAAUUUAGAUAUAGAGCGUCCUACAUACACUAAUUUGAAUCGGUUAAUUGGACAGAUCGUAUCUUCAAUCACAGCGUCUCUGAGGUUUGAUGGUGCAUUAAAUGUGGACCUUACCGAAUUCCAAACAAACUUGGUCCCCUAUCCACGCAUUCAUUUUCCCUUGGUGACAUACGCUCCUGUAAUAUCUGCAGAGAAGGCUUACCAUGAACAACUUUCCGUGGCUGAAAUCACGAAUGCAUGCUUCGAACCGGCAAACCAAAUGGUAAAAUGCGAUCCCAGGCACGGUAAAUACAUGGCCUGCUGUAUGUUGUACCGCGGUGAUGUUGUGCCCAAAGACGUCAACGCUGCUAUAGGCACUAUUAAAACUAAGCGCACUAUACAAUUUGUCGACUGGUGUCCUACAGGUUUUAAAGUUGGUAUCAAUUACCAACCACCUACUGUCGUGCCUGGUGGGGACUUGGCGAAGGUGCAAAGAGCUGUCUGCAUGCUCUCCAAUACCACUGCUAUUGCAGAAGCUUGGUCUCGUCUAAACCAUAAGUUUGAUUUAAUGUAUGCCAAGCGUGCCUUUGUUCACUGGUAUGUCGGCGAGGGUAUGGAAGAGGGAGAGUUUUCGGAGGCUCGCGAGGAUUUGGCUGCUCUGGAGAAGGAUUACGAAGAAGUUGGCAUGGACUCCGGAGAAGGGGAGGGCGAAGGUGGCGAAGAAUAUUAA